CAGGUGGUGACAUACGCGAUACUGGCCGCGGGCGCGGCGGCGGCGGAGAUAGUGUAUCUGGCUUAUGAGGGGGACGAGGACGUGACAUGGAGCAGGGCUUGCAGUGUCUUCGGAGUAUUUUGUCGAAAGGCGAUGGCUUCGGUUGGGAUUACGUUUGGAGCAGUGCUCUGCUACAUUCUGCUCUCUCUCAUCUCCUCCUACAGGCUCUUCAGCGCCUACCACGCCCCCAUUUCCACCUUUUCUGGUGCUGUGGACGACAACGAAGCCCAUUAGUGUCUGUAGAUGAAGUCUACGUACCCCUCCCUUCUUCUCUUGUUUGUGUAUGUGUGUGAAAGCCCUUCGCUCUUGUUGGCAAUGGGUAUAUAUUGCAGGAAAUAAUUAAUGGAAUGAUGUCUAGAUUCUGAGAAUGUUUUAGACCGCACUGCUUGGUAUUCAUAAAUUUUAUUUGGAGGUAGGCCUAACUAGGUAGAGUCCGAGUCUGAACUCGGAAGUGCCCUCUAAAUUCUUAUGAUAUGAGAUGGCAGUCCCCACGUAUUUUGGACGUGUUUAUAUUAAGAAUGAACUUCCUAUGUUCUGUAGUAUUUGCAUACAAAUUUUUUCAUGAGUGAUUUAUGUUAUAAUCCUU